CGAGCGGUGUCCAGGGCCGUGCCAGGGGCCGGCGGCGCUGCGGGGCGGGCCCGGCGUGACCCCCGAGCCCCGCGGCGUUACGGGCCGUGCGGAGCCACCCUGCCUCUGCCGCGCCUACAGGGCUUGGCUUGUUCAGCUCCACACGUGUUCACAGCAGCCUUUCCCAAGCUUGGAAGUAGCGAUUUGAGCUCGUUCACAAACACUGCUUUCCUCAUUUGAUGCCAUCUGAAAUUAACACAGCUUUCUGGUAGCUUUCUUGUUUGUGCCUUGAUAUAAUUUCAUCGACGUGCUGCAAUCAAGCAUCUUGUGGCAGAUGAAGAAGGGAAAUGUGGAUGACUUUGAUGAGCUUGUGGUGAGUAACAAUGAUGUUGUGCUCAAAAAUAUUGCUGAAGAUUUGCGGAAUCGUUUACCCAUCGAGGCAAUGUUUACUUCGGAACAUCAAGCUGUUCAGAAAAUACACCAGCAUCCACUGCCCAUGAUUCAUGUUGAUGCAUUCCUUUAUGAUGAUGAUGUUGUUGAUUCAUUGUGUGAGGAAGGGAAAAUGAGUAGGAGCUACUGCACAGAGUGUGGCUCAUACAAAACUGCAUCUUUAGAGUUUAUUUCGCAUUCCUUUUCCCUCAUGGAACUGAAGUUUCUUUAUCAACAUGUACUGCCUGACCUGACAGGAAAGGUAGUGGUUGACGUUGGCUCCAGGCUUGGUGCAGUGCUAUUUGCGGGUUAUCUUUAUAGCUCAGCAUCCCAGCUGUAUGGAGUAGAAAUGAAUGCAGACUUUUGCAAGUUGCAAGAACUUAUGAUUACAAAAUAUGAGUUCAUUGACAGAAUAAAGGUGGUUCAUGCAGACAUCUGUACUCAGGCUUCACUUCUUCAGAAGGCUGAUGUUGUUGUAAUGAAUAAUGUCUUUGAAUAUUUUCUUGACAGACAGGAACAGGUCAGAGCUUGGGAAUUUAUUGCUUGUAAUAUAAGGAAAAGAGGGUCCUUAUUAGUGACAGUUCCCAGUCUUCAAGAAUCACUUUCAAAGCUCCAGACAGAUGUACAGCUCAGCCAAUGGGUCGAAGAGAUGCAGCUAAACUAUGAUGUGUAUAUGGAAAAGGAUGUUGACAGAGAAGCGCUUGAACAGAUACAUUUAUACAAGAUUCUGUAGUACCUGGAAAAAUUUACUAGUAUCCUUAUAAUAUCAUAUAUUUUGGGUCUAAAAUGAAUUUGGAUUGAUUUGUGUGAAUAAAUCAGAUCAAAAUU